AGACAUGAAGAUCAGCCUUGCCUGCCUCACCCUGCUCCUGGCCGUGUCAGGGUUCCCCAUGCAGAGGAAGGGGAGCGCAGGGGGCCGGGGGAAGGAGCGAGCGGUGCAGUAUGCGGCCUGGGAGGAUGUCAACGUGAUUGCCCACGGGCUGCUGCAGCUGGGACAGGGGCUUAAGGAGCACGUGGACAAGACCAAGAUGCAGAUGAGAGACAUCUCAGCCCACAUGAAGGCCCUGGAUGCCUCUGUGUCGCGGCUGGGGGAGGAGGGCCAGAGGCUGCAGGAGGAGGGGGAGCAGCUGCAAGCGCGGGUGCAGGGGCUGGAGCAGCGGGGGCUGGAGGAGCGGGGGCAGGAGGAGGAGGGGCAGGAGGAGAGGAGGAGGGUGGAGGAGAGGAUGAGACGUCUGGAGGAGAAGGUGGAUGGGAUGAUGCAGGGGGAGGGGCUGACAGACAUCGCCCCGGGAAACGGCAACUACACUGAAGCUCUCCAGAGAAUGCUGGAGACCCAGAACAAGCGCAUUGACGACCUGGUGGAUCGUACCCGCCUGCAGCAGGAGAAGCUGGACAAGCAGACCAUCCGCAUCAGAACCCUGCUGAACCAGAUUCAGGUGACUAGAGAGAGAGCGUUGAAGCCAGAGGACAAGGUUCAGCCUGGCGCUGUGGAGCAGCAGGACACCCCCAACAAGCUGGCAUCAGACUGCCAUGAGGUGUUCCUGAGGGGGGGCAGCAGCAGUGGGGUGUACACCCUCCAGCCCCCCCACGCCAACCAGCCCUUCCAGGUCUACUGUCACAUGACCUCUGAUGGAGGCUGGACGGUGGUCCAGAACAGGCAGGAUGGCUCAGUUGACUUCGACCAGCUGUGGUCGGCCUACCAGACAGGGUUCGGGAGUCUGAAUGGAGAGUUCUGGCUUGGUCUGGAGAAGAUGUACGCUGUGAUGCGGGACUCAGACUACCUCCUGAAGAUCCAGUUUUCUGAUUGGAGGGGCGACUCUGAGACACUGAGCUACAGGCUCCGCCUGGGCGGUGAGGAGAGCCACUACACCCUCCGGCUGGAGCCUGGCACGCUGACCUCUGACCCCGAGGGCAGUCUGCACAGUGCUCUGACCCCUGACCCUGCUGGCCUGCCUUUCUCCACCCGCGACCAGGACCACGAUCUGAAGAACAACGCCAGCUGUGCCAAGCAACUCUCUGGUGGCUGGUGGUUCAGUAACUGUGGCAGGUCCAACCUGAACGGGCGCUACUUCCAGAGCCCGCUUCCCAAGCAGCGGCACCAGAGGAAGCAGGGCAUGUUCUGGAAGACCUGGAGGGGGCGCUAUUACCCCCUGAAGACCACCCGCAUGAUGAUCGCACCUGCCCAGAUACACAAUAAGUCAUAGAGGAGAGAGGCGCUCCCCACUGAACUGAAAAACCCUGAGAGACGGGUUUGCCCCCCGAGGGGCCCCCAGCCCAUAACAAAGGCCCUGUAGAGACACACCCUCUCAAACGACUGUAGAAAAAGAGAAAAAAAAGAAACCAAGACAUAUGAUUCUGUAUUGGUGUCUGGUUGAGUAAAGUGUGUGUGUGAGAAAGAGAGCUAGAGAGAGAGAGAGCAGCACAGCUCAUGAUAUGACUAAAUGCCAGAAUGCAAAAACAGGCCCCAGCCUGUGAGCCUGCCAUCUCAGGAACACAUGCAGUCUGUUCAGACCUGCCCUACCCAACUGUACCAUACCCAAAUGUACCCUAUCCAACUGUACCAUACCCCAACUGUACCCUACCCUACUGUACCCUACCCCUACCUUAUCCUGUAUACCCUCACGUAUCCUGUGGACCAAACAGCUGACCAACAGCCUCAUGGCACACCAGCUCCAAGGGUUAGGGUUAGGGACACCACUCCACUGUCCACUGGGAUGGGUGGAGCUCAGAAGUGGAGCAUUUCACUGCAGAUAUAGAGGCUGCGGGUUCAAUUUCCCCCUGCAUGUCACUUUGGAUUAAAGUCUGCUAUCAUGUAAAUAUGCGAGAGGUCUAGAGGAGUCCAGUAGCAGGUAGGACUCCUCCACUCCUCCACUCCUCCCCUUCCUCUAAUCUGCUCCUCCUCUCCUCUCCUGCCCCUCCUCUCCUGCCCCUCAUCUCCUCCCCCUCCUCUCCUGCCCCUCCUCUAUGCUCCUCCCCCUCCUCUCCUCCCCCUCCUCUCCUGCCCCUCCUCUAUGCUCCUCCCCCUCCUCUCCUGCCCCUCCUCUAUGCUCCUGCCCCUCCUCUCCUGCCCCUCCUCUAUGCUCCUCCCCCUCCUCUCCUGCCCCUCCUCUAUGCUCCUCCCCCUCCUCUCCUGCCCCU